AUGGACUCACCUUUUACAUUCAACUACACUCAAGAACAGUUAGGAGCAAGCUCAAGCCUACAGGUACAGGACAUUGGCAUUAUCAGAGGGGCCACUCUCCAUCACCAGGCCUGUCAGCACCUCUCUGAGGACAGUGCACAGUCUGAUCCACCAGGCUUUAACCAUAAGAGGACUUUAACAAGCAACAUGUCAUCACUUGCACCCAAUGUUGCUGGAUGUUAUCAUGCCUCACCAAUUCUACCUGCUUCACCUGCCCCUCCACAAUCAAGCAAUUUGUCAUCACUUACACUUAACAUUGCCCAUAGUCGUCAGGCCUCACCAUUCCCACUUGCUCCUGCUGCCCCUACACAAUCAAACAAUGCAUCAUCACUUACACUUAAUGUUGCUUGCAGUUGUCAUGCCUCACCAUUCCUACCUGCCCCUGCACAAUUGCCAGAUCUAUUUUAUGGCUCUAGUAUGAGUCAUCAAGCUGCUUGGAUGGAGCAAAACCUGAGUCUGGCACUGACACCUAUGGCAUGUUGGAAGGUGACACCUUGGGUUACUUGA